GUACGACACAAUGCAUUUCCAACUCGUCCACUGGCAAGUGUGCACAACAAGCAAACGCAUCUGUAUAAAAACUUGAUGUUUCGCGUGCUCCGUGUCCAAAGCAAAGGUUCUUCUCGUUCGCGAACCCAGACCAUCACGAGCAUAGUGUAUAUACAUAAACGUCUUGCUCGUCUUGGCAACGACUGUGGUCAACUGCACAUGUACUUCCGAUAUUCUAACCUAAAUGCAGUUCUGGCGCCUGUCGCAUGGGUGAAGCUGCGGAAUUUCAGCAGCUGCGUCACAUAUGAACCUUGGGAUCCAUGUUACGACAAAUACAGUCAUUUGCAAAUUAAUCCGGUGUUCAUGGGAGAUACAAGUGAAUCCAUCGUUUAUGAUGUUCUUCAACUGAAUGUGCUGCACACAGUCCACCUCAUGUUUCAAUUG